CCCGAGCUGGGCUGCCACCGUGUCCCAGCCGGAGCCGCCGCCGCCGCCGCGUCGCGGGCCCGAGUCCGCGCGGAACGCCCUACUCUCCGCCUGCCACGUCCCAGCGCCCGCCGCAGCCGCCGCGCCGCCCGCGCCUACUACCUGCAGCGGCGGGCCCGGCCUGCCUCGGCCUUCCGCUCGUCCUCGCGUCCCGCACCGGCCUUCACUCUGGAGCGGCCCCGGCAGCCGCAGCAGGGGCCGCGGCGGCGGAUCGAGGAGCUCUCUAGGUCGUCCCGGGAGAGGCUGCUGCAGUCCCGGGACAAGAUGUUCUCCAAGUUCACCUCCAUCCUGCAGCACGCCGUGGAGGCGCUAGCACCGUCUCUUCCUUUACAAGAAGAUUUCGUUUAUCACUGGAAGGCAAUUACCCAUUACUACAUAGAGACUUCGGAUGACAAAGCCCCAGUGACAGACACAAAUAUUCCAUCUCAUCUGGAACAGAUGUUAGAUAUAUUGGUACAAGAAGAAAAAGAACGAGAAUUUGGAGAGACGGGACCAUGUAUGGAAUACUUGCUUCACCACAAGAUCUUGGAAACAUUAUAUACCUUAGGGAAAGCUGAUUGCCCCCCGGGAAUGAAGCAGCAGGUGCUGGGGUUCUACACCAAGCUCCUGGGGAGAGUCAGGCAGCCGCUGCUUCCGCACAUCAACGUGCACAGGCCUGUGCAGAAAUUAAUUCGACUCUGUGGUGAAGUCCUUGCAACACCAACGGAAAAUGAAGAAAUUCAGUUUCUAUGUAUCGUAUGUGCAAAACUCAAAGAAGAUCCCUAUUUGGUUAAUUUUUUUCUGGAGAAUAAGUUGAAAUCAUUGGCUUCCAAAGGAGCACCAAGUGUAAUUUCGGAAGACACACUAAAAGGUCAGGAGCCCUUGUCAGCAGACAGACAGCCCUGUGGGCCGGAGGAGCUGUCCUGCGCGGCUGGGGCGGAGCAGGCCGGGGCGGAAGACGGGCCUCCGCAGCAGGCAGACGACCUGUCCACGAGCCUGGAGAAUCUCAGUGUCACUUCCCUGCCAGAGGCCACCGUUGUUCGCCCAAACCAGGAUUACAACUUAGUGAAUUCUUUGUUAAACCUUACUAGAAGCCCUGAUGGCCGCAUCGCUGUGAAAGCCUGCGAGGGCUUGAUGCUGUUAGCGAGCUUGCCGGAGCCCGCGGCCGCCAAGUGCCUCACGCAGAGCACUUGCCUGUGCGAACUACUGACCGACAGACUUGCCUCCCUCUACAAGGCUCUACCUCAGUCAGUGGACCCCCUCGACAUUGAAACGGUGGAAGCAAUUAACUGGGGUUUGGACUCAUAUAGUCAUAAAGAAGAUGCUUCAGCAUUUCCAGGGAAACGAGCCUUAAUUUCAUUUCUUUCCUGGUUUGAUUAUUGUGAUCAGCUCAUAAAGGAAGCACAAAAGACUACUGCUGUUGCUCUUGCCAAAGCCGUCCAUGAAAGAUUUUUUAUUGGAGUAAUGGAACCUCAGUUAAUGCAAACCUCUGAGAUGGGAAUUCUGACAUCCACUGCGAUGCUUCAUCGCAUUGUUCGGCAAGUAACCUCCGACGUUUUGCUUCAAGAAAUGGUGUUUUUUAUCCUUGGAGAACAGAGGGAACCAGAAACCCUGGCAGAAAUUAACCGACAUCCUUUAAGACAUAGGUUAAUUGAACAUUGUGAUCACAUAUCUGAUGAGAUAAGCAUAAUGACACUAAGGAUGUUCGAACAUCUUUUACAAAAACCCAAUGAGCACAUUCUUUACAACUUGGUCCUAAGAAACCUUGAAGAAAGAAAUUACACAGAAUAUAAACCUGUGUGCCCAGAAGAUAAAGAUGUGGUGGAGAAUGGAAUGAUAGCAGGAGCAGUAGAUCUGGAAGAAGAUCCAUUAUUUACUGACAUUUCACCAGAUAACACUUUGUCAAACCAAGAGUGGCUUAGCUCUUCACCUCCUGCUACUCCAGACCACCCCAGAAACGAUGGGAAAACGGAAGUCCAUAAAAUUGUAAAUAGUUUUCUCUGUCUGGUGCCGGAUGAAGCAAAAUCAUCCUACCACGUUGAGGGCACGGGGUAUGACACCUACCUCCGAGAUGCUCACAGGCAGUUCCGGGACUACUGUGCCAUCUGCUUAAGAUGGGAGUGGCCUGGCUCUCCAAAAGCAUUGGAAAAGUGCAACCUAGAAGCCGCUUUCUUUGAAGGUCAUUUUUUGAAAGUUUUAUUUGACAGAAUGGGAAGAAUUCUCGAUCAGCCAUAUGAUGUGAAUUUACAAGUAACGUCGGUGUUGUCUAGACUUUCCCUCUUCCCUCACCCACACAUACAUGAAUACCUGUUGGAUCCUUACGUGAACCUUGCUUCUGGCUGUAGAUCUCUCUUCUCUGUAAUUGUCAGGGUUGUUGGAGACCUUAUGGUGAGAAUCCAGCGUAUUCAAGACUUUACUCCCAAGCUUUUAUUAGUCAGAAAGCGGUUACUUGGUUUGGAACCGGAAGGUCCUAUGUAA